AGGUUUAUCCAACUCCUCUUCUUGAUGCUCUGCAGUUGGCGUCGGGAUGAUGGAUAGCAACCAGCUAGGGAAAUGGCUCUUAUUGCUUUCAAAUGAAUGAUUCCCAGAUUUCUUACAUAAACCACUGGGCUGGGAUGGUUUGGUCGGUGGCUGACUGUCAGAUGAUAUCUACUUGAUGGAUUCCCGUGAACAUUAUUAUUAGAAUGCAACCAACUGCCUCAAUCACUGAAGACUGUUUGACAAAGUAUCACCUUGCUUGACAGAACAGGUGCUUCUUGUGAAGGAGGCCUCCAAACUGUCCUCGAUUUACUGAACUGGAAAGCAAAAUGAAGACAUCCCAGACCAUAAAUCAUGACUCUGGUUUACCUGUCGAUUUUUGACGGACGUAUAAAAUAAUCACUUGAUGUUUCGGUGUGUGUCUGCAGGAUACUGACUCUCUCUCUCUCUCUCUCUCUCACACACACACACACACACACACACACACACACACACACACACACACACACACACACACACUAAAGGACAACUUCUUGAAUCAAUCCAGAGUUCCCAAAGAGGACCGUCACAAUGUUUUCGGCUCUUAAGAAGCUGGUGGGCACCGAGCCUGGCCAGCUAGGAAACAAAAACAUUCCAGCUGGUUUGCAGUCAAUGAACCAGAGCCUACAGAGAAGGUUUGCCAAGGGAGUACAGUAUAACAUGAAGAUCAUCAUCCGUGGAGACCGGAACACAGGAAAGAGUGCCCUAUGGCACCGACUACAGGGGAAGAAGUUUCUGGAAGAGUACAUCCCCACACAAGAAAUUCAGGUCUCCAGCAUCCACUGGAACUAUAAAACGACAGACGACGUUGUCAAGGUGGAAGUUUGGGACGUGGUGGACAAAGGGAAAGGCAAGAAGCGAGGAGAAAUGCUGAAAACGGAGAAUGAACCCCAGGAGAAUGAGAUGGCUCUGGAUGCAGAGUUCCUGGACGUGUACAAGAACUGCAAUGGAGUCAUUAUGAUGUUCGACAUCACCAAACAAUGGACAUUUGACUACAUCGUGCGGGAGCUGCCCAAAGUGCCUACCCACGUGCCCGUCUGUGUGCUGGGCAACCAGAGGGACAUGGGCGAACACCGGGUUAUCCUGCCCGACGACACCCGAGAGUUCCUCUCUCACCUCAACAGGCCUCCAGGUUCUUCUUACAUCCACUAUGCUGAAUCUUCCAUGAAGAAUGGCUUUGGUCUCAAGUACCUGCACCGCUUCUUCAACAUCCCCUUCUUACAGCUGCAGAGGGAGACCCUGCUGAGACAACUGGAGACCAACCAGCUGGACAUAGACGCUACUCUGGAGGAGCUCAAUGUUCAGCAGGAGACUGAGGACCAGAACUAUGGCAUUUUCCUGGAGAUGAUGGAAACCAGAAACAAAGCUGGCUUCAGCUCCCCUUCCAAUGGCCAGAGCCCCUCCUCAGGCUCCCAGUCCCCCAUCGUCCCCCAGAGCGGGCCCUCUACUCCUGGGGCCUGUCCCAGCCCCUGCACCCCCCAGCAACCCCCUCUCCCACCCCAGCCCAUAACUAUCUCCAACCCUAUCCCCAGGUCAGUUCAGGGCCCCCCCUCCUACACCAACCCUAACCUUAACCCCUGUCCCCCUCUCCAGAACACUGUCCUCCCUAGGGGUCCAGGUUACCCACAGCAGCCCCCGGCCCCCCAGCCGCAGCCCCCAACCUCUCAGGGGCCCCAACAUGGGGGAACCACACCUGUCCCGACCCCCCAGUCACCCAGUGUCACCCAGGCCCCUCCUGCUCAGAAGAGAGGCUUCAUGUCGCGCCUCUUUGGAUCAGCCACCUCUGAAACUCCCACUGAUGGCGCAGACGAGAAGGUGCGGAAUGUGGAUGACUUUGUUCCUGAUGUGGACCGUAUCUUGCUGGAGGAGGGGGCUGCUGCCAAGGAGAAAGCCAAGGAGAAAGCUCGAAGAGCAGGCAACAUGGACAGUGACAGUGACGGUGAGGGCCGAGGGGGGAACCCCAUGGUGUCAGGGUUCCAGGACGAUUUUGCCCCAGAUGAGCUGUGCAAGUCUGUGCCCAAAUCUGUGCCCAAGGCAGCCACUGUCCCCAGCGUGGGCAUCACCCUGACCAGCGAUGAAGAGGAUGAGGGGAUGAAGGCACUUAACGUCAUCCAGGACGGUGGAUCCGACAGAAGGAGAUCCUCCAACGCUUUGAAGACUCAAAACAAGACCGGAGAAGCCAAGAAACCAGCGGGCUUAAAGAUGUCGUCCGAGCCCGUCUCAUUCCUGAACACGACCCUAGCCCCGGUGCAGUCCAUGUGGGCAGGCAAGAAGAAGGGAGGGGAUGAAUCCUCCCACUCAGACCAAGAAGCUCCAGGGGCCGAUCAGAUGCUCUCCUUCGUCAUGGACGAACCAGACUAUGAGGACGAGGAGUUUGAGAAGCCCAAGAAAAAGAAGGAGCCUUCAGCUGUACUGGAGGACCUGAAGCCGGUCCAGCCCUCUGUCCUCCCUAUCAAGAGCGACGACCUGGACCUGUUUGGACUGGGAUUCCAGGAUGUGGCGCCCAAGAGCAAGGAAAGCAGUGAGGACCAAGAUGACCGAGAAAGUAGAUCCUCAACAAAGGACAAGAAGAAGAAGAAGAAGAAGAGUAAAGAGGAGGACGACAAAAGCAGCAAGAAACGACACAAACAGAAGAAAAAGGAGGAGUCAGGGAGCGGGGACGAGAAAGAGAAGAAAAAGAAGAAGUCAAAGUCGACCAAGAAAGCCGGCGGCGUGGUGGACGACCUGGAGUCUUUUCUCGCCGGAGACGAAGACUACGAGGAGAUGUAGAAUAUCCCCCCCAGCAUCCAAUCAGGACUACGUUUCUACUGCAGCAUUCUAGGGUCAGGAUGUAGCCAUGAAGACGACAGAAUGCGUCGACUGACUGGCUGCGUGAUCGAAGACUGCAAUUCUCAUUGGGUGAUAGUUAUUUCCCACUUCCUGACGUUGUGGUGCCUCUACGGUGGUUAGAUUUUGAUCAUUUGUGAUUGUUUGUUUUGCUUACCCUUUUACUGUACAUGCAACACUACCGUCAUACAACAACACUACUGCAAAUCUGUAGCUGGUAUAUCCAGGUUUUGAGUUUACACUCUUAGGACAAAACCACCAUUACUUUGAUGUUUCCACGGUUGAUUACACUUGGCUAUACUCACUACAAUGUCUUUGCUAUUCCAUUUGUCUUUCCCCAUUGGGCCUGCUUUCUGGUAAAGGCUUUAGAACUGACCCUAGUACAGAGUUGUGACUAUUUCUAUAUGGGAGCGCUUUCCUUUACACUGACCAGUGUUCAGGAGUCGGGGGACGUGUGUGCAUUCAUUAUGAAUUAUGUUGAACAUUGCUUGAGCAGCGAUAUAAAUGUUAUUUAUGUUUAUCUGGUGUUGGCUUUUCGAAGUACGGCUAUGUCUAGGUACAGUAGGAGUCUGUGAGUGUUUACUAAACCAGACAUUUUGGGAGUUUCUCUGAAAUGAUUCAGCAAAUUUCACUGUGCAUGAUCAUUUUGGUUUGAUGUCAAUGCCUUAAGGAAAGCUUUACUUUAACACUGGAAAGGGUUACUUUAACACCGGAAAGGGGGUUACUUUAACACUGGAAAGGGUUACUUUAACACCGGAAAGGGUUACUUUAACACCGGAAAGGGUUACUUUAACACCGGAAAGGGGGUUACUUUAACACCGGAAAGGGGGUUACUUUAACACCGGAAAGGGGGUUACUUUAACACCGGAAAGGGGGUUACUUUAACACCGGAAAGGGGGUUACUUUAACACCGGAAAGGGGGUUACUUUAACACCGGAAAGGGGGUUACUUUAACACCGGAAAGGGGGUUACUUUAACACCGGAAAGGGUUACUUUAACACCGGAAAGGGUUACUUUAACACCGGAAAGGGGGUUACUUUAACACCGGAAAGGGGGUUACUUUAACACCGGAAAGGGGGUUACUUUAACACCGGAAAGGGGGUUACUUUAACACCGGAAAGGGGGUUACUUUAACACCGGAAAGGGGGUUACUUUAACACCGGAAAGGGGGUUACUUUAACACCGGAAAGGGGGUUACUUUAACACCGGAAAGGGGGUUACUUUAACACCGGAAAGGGGGUUACUUUAACACCGGAAAGGGGGUUACUUUAACACCGGAAAGGGGGUUACUUUAACACCGGAAAGGGGGUUACUUUAACACCGGAAAGGGGGUUACUUUAACACCGGAAAGGGGGUUACUUUAACACCGGAAAGGGUUACUUUAACACCGGAAAGGGGGUUACUUUAACACCGGAAAGGGGGUUACUUUAACACCGGAAAGGGGGUUACUUUAACACUGUAAAGUGUUACUUUAACACCGGAAAGGGUUACUUUAACACCGGAAAGGGUUACUUUAACACCGGAAAGGGGGCUACUUUAACACCGGAAAGGGGGCUACUUUAACACCGGAAAGGGGGUUACUUUAACACCGGAAAGGGGGUUACUUUAACACCGGAAAGGGUUACUUUAACACCGGAGAGGGUUACUUUAACACCGGAAAGGGUUACUUUAACACCGGAAAGGGGGUUACUUUAACACUGUAAAGUGGCGAUAUGAAUGCCUUUUAGUUGUAGAGAUCUGAUUGUUCAAUGAUGCCGUCAUUCUGGCAAAAUGCAAGGGAAGCCAAGAUACGAUGUCUUUUUUUCAACCUGCUGUUCUGUUAAGUCGUGUUGUUGUUUUUACUAAGUGGCAGUUGUACAAUGUAAUUUGACGUUUCUUCUAAUUUCUUCCAUUAACCAAAUGAUGUGUUUCUUGGACACAUGUUUUAAUAUCUCCGUGGUUACCUGUAACUUUUACACAAGUUUACUUGGAUCCUAUUUCUUGAUGUUGCUGAGCACCAUGUGGGAUGGUUUUGCUGUGUAGAGUGAUAUCUCAUAAUGGAACAUAGUCCUUACUGAACUUGUUAACUUUACUGUAGGGGAGUGUGUAAGUCUGCUAGUCAGUCAUAACUACACACUGCUAUCUAUCUGCACUCCGAUCCAGGGGAUGUUUACAACAAAGUAAAUGGCCUCAAGCUAUUCAUUCCACCUUAAGUCCCCGUAGAAAGAAUUGACAACAUAUCAGGAAUGUAUUUAGAGUCAUAUCAUACAUGUAUGCAUUGUUACCAUUCCAUAUUUAUUUUGAAAUAUUAAGAAAAUAUUUUUGGACAUUAAACAGAUCCCAUGUUAAUAUAUCCAUUAUAGAAAAGUAUAUGCACUUGUAUUCAUGCAUUUGUACUGCAUAUUUCUCUAUGUGUGUUUUUACCUUGCUCUGUUGUGUCUAAAAUAGGUAUUUUGAACUGUCUUUAAAAGAGACACUACAUAUCCAUUUCCACCCAGCCAUCUAUGGGUCGUGACUGCAGUGUACUGCUAGUUAGGUAUCCUGACCACUGCCUCACUGUAUAUUAUCAGGGAGAACAUGCAACAUUUCCAGACUGUGUAUCGGAACCUACUGUACAUCAAUAGAACUCUUACAUCAAUAGAACUGUUCCAUCAAUAGAACUGUUACAUCAACAGAUCUGUUUCAUCAAUAGAACUGUUCCAUCGAUAGAACUGUUACAUCGAUAGAACUUUUUCAUCGAUAGAACUUUUUCAUCAAUAGAACUGUUUCAUCGAUAGAACUGUUUCAUCGAUAGAACUGUUUCAUCGAUAGAACUGUUUCAUCGAUAGAACUGUUUCAUCGAUAGAACUGUUUCAUCGAUAGAACUGUUUCAUCGAUAGAACUGUUUCAUCGAUAGAACUGUUACAUCGAUAGAACUGUUACAUCGAUAGAACUGUUUCAUCGAUAGAACUGUUUCAUCGAUAGAACUGUUUCAUCGAUAGAACUGUUUCAUCGAUAGAACUGUUUCAUCGAUAGAACUGUUUCAUCGAUAGAACUGUUUCAUCGAUAGAACUGUUUCAUCGAUAGAACUGUUUCAUCGAUAGAACUGUUUCAUCGAUAGAACUGUUUCAUCGAUAGAACUGUUUCAUCGAUAGAACUGUUUCAUCGAUAGAACUGUUUCAUCGAUAGAACUGUUUCAUCGAUAGAACUGUUUCAUCGAUAGAACUGUUUCAUCAAUAGAACUGUUACAUCAAUAGAACUGUUACUUACAUCAGUAGAACUGUCCCAAGAGACGGCUCUGCGAGCGUUUGUUGAAUCAGGUAGACCUAUAGCUCAGUCUUUCCCUGACCGCUCGUAUAUCCUUGGUUCUCUCUGGUCGAAGGCGGUAUACUCUGGGGACACCGGGGUCCCCUCACACCUCAUCCCCUCUUCUGGCUUAGUCCUCUUUCUCACCAUAGGGAGUGAUGUCAUUUUUUGCUGUAGCCUAACCCUCCCAGCUGGCUUGACGGGAGGGAACCCAAUGUGGCGAGGUCGACUCCCAGGCUGACCAUGGGGUCAUCCUCAGUGUUUCCCCCUCAUGCAGCUGUCUGCCUGUCAGGCUAGCUGCUAGGCUAGGGCACCCACCCCUACCGCUACUAUGGACCAAAUCCUAACUUCCUCUACAGUCGAAUAAUGUCAGUUGGUGUCCUGUUGACAUUAAUGCAUGACUAAAUGAACAUUUUGCUUAAGUGGAAGUUAGGAGUCACCCCUAUGAAAGUAAAAUCCCAGGCGAGCCAUGUCAACUCGUCAAAGAGCCCCACUGCAUGAGCGUCACUGUGAGAAACAACAACACACCUGGCUGUACCACUGUAGAAUUAGAAUUUGUAGAACAGACAUUGUUAGUGCAUACAUUAUGGAGGGAUAGUGUCUUUUCUAGUUAUUCUAAUUCUGUGUUUAUGUAAUAUAACCCAGUCCUACCCAGACCUGUUUUGUUUUUUGGUAGUUGAUUUUGUUUCAUUACGUUAUUUUGCUUUUUGUUCAAUGACGUGUGAAGGAAUUUGUUUUGAUUCAUGUAGAUCAAACCAAUGCAACUUUUUGUUUACUGCUUUUUCUGUGGUAUGAUGUCUUCUGGGUAAAGUUAAAACAGGAAUCAUCCAGAUCAUGCAAACUGCCAGUGAAAGGUGGCAACAAGCGAACUUGAGAUUAUCUCUUGGUUACAUCUUCCACCUUGAUUUUAAAUGUAAUAUCCGUUGUGCAUUGUCUUCAUCUUGCUUGCUCCCUGCAUAUUGUCUUUGUUGAGGUAAUUGUGUCUUUAGUUGAUUGAACUGUUGGUUGAAUUUGGUCUGUUUUAUGUGUAUGCAUCUGAAUAUAUUGAGAGAUGGUGGGCAACUGGGGGGGAAUAAAAGAGAUUAUUUUGACAUUCCUCAUAUGCUUCCAUCUACACACUGUAAGUGAUAAAAUUGUCUAAUAAAUGCAAAAAUACUUACA